GACAACCUCACGACCACUAAAUUAACCCAAAGUGAGUGAAACCGCCCCUCCAGCCCGGCUUGCGGCGCCUCUCGCGAGAAGGGAGGUGCCUGCCGCCCUGGCAACGGUCAGCGGCCAUGGAGGAGUCGGCGGUCUCUGAGGCGUCCUUCUGCCUGCAGAAAAUUACAAUAACAGACUACUCUAAAGAUGAUUAUCAGUACGAAGAGGUUCCAGCAGAUGAUGAGUUUAGUCUUCAGGAAGAUGAUGAGGAUCUGUCCAAGGCUCUGCAGACUAUUCAAGAGCAGACUGAAGAUGCCCACAUUUUAGCUCUGCAAUCGGUUCUGACCUCAGAGAAAUCAGUGUCUGAAAUACCUGAAGCGAUGGAUGACUUCUUUUGCAAUUUUCUGGUCAGACUGGGGAUGUCCAGAACCCUUGACUGCUUCCAAACUGAAUGGUAUGAGCUGAUAGAGAGAGGUGCCUUCACAGCCAAAGAUGUCGGACUGGUGCCCACUGUGUAUACCCAGAACCAGCAACUUCAGGCUGAGAACAUGCGUUUGAGGAAAGAUCUGGACAACUAUAAACUUGCUGCUAACAAAGCAAAAGAGGCUUUCUUAAAAAUGCAGAAAGAACGUGAUUUCCAUCGAAUGCAUCAUAAGCGAGUGGUCCAGGAGAAAAACAGGCUUAUCUGUGACAUUAAAAGGCUGAAGGCACAUUAUGCAUCCUAUGAACCAGUGCUGAAGCAGCUGACUGAAAAAUACCAGACUACAUUGAGACAGAAAAUGUUAACUAGUUUGGAGAGAGACAGAGCAGUUGAGCAGGUUACAGGUUUACAAGCUACAUUACGUAACUUAGAGUCUGGAUAUGCAGUUCAGAGUCCUGUGAGAAAAGCAGGCCAUGAAUGUGCAAGGAAAAAAGGCUUAGAGGGGCCCACCCAGAAAGCUCUUCAGGAAGCCAGGCAGCAAAAAAUGCUUGAUGCUGAAAGGUCCUCAUAUGGUCCUGUUAAAGAUUCUGAGAAGAUAGGCAAGAGAUAUCCAAAGGAUUCUGAGUUUCCUGCAGAUACUCAUGCAAACCCAUUCCUUGCUCGUGCUAAGGAAUGUACUCAACCCCUGAAGACUGGAGAGUAUAGACUGGGCAACACUCUGAAAGUGCACGACUUAGCAGUGAGCUGCCUGGCCAUACAUCCCCAAAAAGAUGUUGUAGUCACCGGCAGCGAUGACCGCCUUUGGAAAAUGUGGGCUUUACCUGAUGGGAACAUCAUCAUGACAGGUGAAGGUCACGCUGAUUGGCUCUCAGGCUGCUGCUUCCAUCCAAGUGGCACCCAGUUGGUCACCUCAAGUGGGGAUGCAACAGUGCGGAUCUGGGACCUUUCAAAGCGUGGAUGCAUUCUGACUUUGGAAGGACAUAUCCAGGCUGUAUGGGACUGCUCGUGGCAUUCAUGUGGUGAUUUUGUGGCUUCUGCCUCUAUGGACAACACCAGUAAAAUAUGGGACGUCAACAGUGAGAGAUGCAGAUACACUCUGCGUGGCCAUAAGGAUUCAGUCAAUAGCAUCGAAUUUCUUCCGUUCUCCAACACCAUUCUUACGAGCUCUGCUGACAAGACUUUAUCUCUCUGGGAUGCCAGAACGCAAUAUUCAUCUGUCAGAAAAGGCAUAACAACAAGAAAUACUUUGUCAGACUGGCUAGAUUUCCAAUAGUUGAAUCAGUAGAGUAAAUGCAAUUAUGGUUGUACAGAGCUUCCCAAAUAAUGAUAGAGAUUAAGGGUGUGUUACAAACCUUAACGCAAACCGUCUUUUAACCUUGCUUGACAGUAGUCUGGUCAAAGAGAAUUUCACCAUGAAAUGCUGAUUAACCCACAUGUUUCUGCGGUAACAACUCUAUUGUAGUGUUUUAUAUUUCUCUGACAUGCUGGGUAGCAUCCCAGGAGCUCUGUUCCUCGUGCCCCGGGCUGGGCAGGGUGGUAGAGCACCAAGCUGGGAGCCCGCGGUCCUGGAAGAGAGCUGCCCUCCUGUGUGAGGCAUGGAGCGCAAGGACGCUGAGCAUGUCAGUUCUGUCUAAAAAGACACUGUGAUGGAAAUGCACAGCCCAACGUCGUGUACCGAGCGUGUAAAGUGAGUCAUACAGGCCUUGGGGGGUUUCCACUUCUUGACUUCAUCACAGCACCCUGCAAUCAAAGCUACGCCAAGCCCCAACGUGCUUGGGUGGAGAGUGCGUCCUGCGGUGUCUCGCUGGGCUUCCCAAGGAAGAACGAGGCACGAAGGGGCACAGCGUUGACUUCUUAGCAAGACACGCCAAAUCCCAGCCUGACUGCAGUCCUCGGCCUGCUGCUUCAUGCUGUGCUGUGGCACCAAAAGGGCUGCUCGGCUUGAUCCUUCUGGCGGUGGGCAGGGUGGACUUGAACCGAGUCCUCCUUACAGCUGUAGCCUUGUAACUCACAGGUGUGCCCUACUUGAGCUAGGAUGGAAAGACAGCAGAUUGAAAACUUCCUGCGUGUCAAUACGUGGAUGAAAAAAUCAAAUUAUAAUGUCUUCAGGAUUUGGAGGCAUUCCCCUUCAAUAAUUCUGAUUUCAGUUCCUAAAAAUAUACUUAAGUCUCAACUUGUUAAUGUUUUAGAACAGAAAUUUGUUUUGAUUCAGUAAGUCCAAACUUUUAAAAAGGUAAUUUUUGACAUUUCUGAUACUUAUUUACCAAAUGCAUGUCAGUUGAUUUCUUUAAA